AUGUCCUCAACACCCCCCUCCCCGUCCCUCGCCCAGGGCCCAGCAGCGCCCAAAUCCACCCCCCCAAUCCACGUCCUACCGAACAACAUCUCAAAAACCUACGCCCUCAUCCACCCGGUUCUCCUCCUCGUGCUGCUCGCCCUCCGCUUCAAUGCCCUCGUCGCAGACCCCGUCGCCGAGCUGCUCAGCAACCUCCCCUUCCUGGCCCUGCUGCAGGUCACCUUCGUCAUGACCUGUCUUCCACCCGCGGGGUCCGCAAAAGACGAGGACGACAAAUCCAGUGCCAGUUCGUCGACACAUGCAGGUUCAACCUCGGGCGUGAUCCUCAAACCAGGCAAAAUCGGGCUCCGACGCAAGAACACCCCAAAGUCCGAUUCGGGGUCUCUGUCUGCUAAGCUUCUUCCCGCAGUCCUCUCCCUAACGCUAACAACCCUCCUCGCAACCCCCGUGCUCACAAUCCUCCUCAUCCUCUUCGGCGCCCCGCUAACAACCCACCACGCCGAGACGCUCCUCUGCGCUGCGCACAUGGCCGUACUGACCUCCACCGCGCUCAUCUACGUGCACGGCGUGGACGGUUCCGUCUGGAAGGAGGUCUGGGGCGCGAAGAGACCCGCCGAUGCCGUUUGGGGGGCUGCGCUGGGCACGUGUGUCGGGGCUUGGUUCGGUGCUGUGCCUGUUCCUUUGGAU